AUGGGCAGCGAGCCGGAUGAACUUUUCGAUAAAGUUUUCUCCUCCCAGUCGCCUCCACCUACCCCUCCCGCAACUUUCCAGGAGAGAGUUUACCCGGAACUGCUACUACAUCAAGCACCACAUGGUGUCCAUUACUAUGGUUCACUACAGCAGGUGACUCGCCAGUUCGUUGAUGACAAUUCGUCCAAAAAUAUAAUGCAGUUUUCCAGCUCCAACUUGGGGGUCCGUCUGCGGGAGAUGGUGCAUGCUUGGGAUGCCAUUGACUCAGAAGGUCGACAUUCCUUCAAUAAUCCUGACUCUGACUUCAAUGGGCCUGUGUCGUCGCCUAGUGCCGCCAACUCGCUAUUUUCAUGGUCAACCAGUGAUGUUUCCAUUGCUGCAAGAAAGCGGCAGCUCCUCGAACGUUCAGCCACGUCACAGUCGCUGAACAGAACGAUUUCUAACCGAAGUGACCCUGGACUGCCACUACCGACAUCAGCAGGUUCAAAUCCGCUGGCUUUGCAACGACUCCCUCGUGUAGUGGAAAGGGAAAGUAAUAAAUUUAUCCAGGACAGAAUUGAGGUGAUUAAAGCUCAUCACAAGAGCGAGGCAUCCAAGAAAAUUGACGAGAGAAAGCGCAAAGAUCACGAAAUGCACCUACAACGUAUCAAGCGCAAGGAAGCGGAGUACGAGCGCUCACUUAAAGCUGCUAUUGCCUUACAGAACAUGAACAGGCAGUCGGGUUUUUUCGGAUCCCUUUUUGGCUUCUCUCAGAAGCAGAACUCUAGUAGCUUCACAUUAGACAUACUGGAGCCAGAGCCAUACCCAACAUUCACACAAGCCACGCCGCCGAUGCGGUCAGCAACAGCUUCUCCGUCGAAACCCAAGAAGUCUUCAUUAUUUUCCUUCCGCUCGUCUACCAAGGUUGCGGGAGGUGUUGCUUCUACCUCUCCAGAAUUCACUGUGGCUAAACCAUCCAUGGAUGACGGCAGCACGCGCAGCGUCAUUAGCUCAGAAGAUGACGGUGAUAAUCAAGAGAAAACCACCGACGUGGCAGCCGGGUUUGAAGGACUAGAUAGCAUGUUAGACUCUCUCAAUGUUGCACCAUCCAAGUCAGAGAACAACUCCGUGGGUGACAUUCUCUCCAGCCCCAUAGAGAGAAGUUUCUCUUCCAACCAAUUCAUUGCAUUAGAACCCAAAAAGCUUCCAGUGGAAAAGUCAUAA